UUCUGCACGUACAGAGAGGGAAUAUAGGGCAGAGCAGCCCCAGUGCAUAUACAGUGACAGUGUGAUCCAAUCACUGUAUACAUGGGGACAGCCCCCACACUGAGCUACUUACCCCUCAUACCUACCUUAAUCUGAGACCCCAGAGAGGGGCAGCAUUCACUCUCUGAGUUACCCCUGGUCUCCACAAUCCUCCCCCAGCAGUGAGUGCUGUCAUUCCUGGACCUGUCACCCUGCUGGCUGCCUGAUCUGGCCAGGAUUCUAAGGAUGGAAUGUUGCGGCUUCCUGCGAGUCUGAGCAUUCGGAGCCCCACGUUCUACCCUCUGCAGGAAACAUUGACCCGCCUAUGCCGCCUGAGGCUGCCCCAGUGAUGCCCCUCAAGCACACCCCGACUGCGGACCUGGAAAAACUGGCCCUGGAGCACAUCGUGCCCCGCCUGCUCUCCAAAGGCUUCUGCUAUCUGGACAAUGUUUUGGGGGAAGAGGUGGGCGACCGGGUCCUGGAGCAGGUCAGGCAGUUACACAAGGAGGGGGCACUGAAGGAUGGCCGGCUGGCGGGGAACCUGCAGGGGGUCUCCAAGAGACAUCUGAGGGGGGAUAAGAUCACCUGGGUCGCUGGCACAGAGGAAGGGUGUGAGGCCAUUGGACUGGUUCUGUCUGUCAUUGAUCGCCUGGUCGUGUUAUGUGGCAACCGGCUGGGCAAUUACUAUGUGAAGGAGCGGUCCAAGGCAAUGGUGGCAUGUUACCCUGGUAAUGGCGCUGGGUAUGUACGGCAUGUGGACAAUCCCACUGGAGAUGGGCGCUGUAUUACCUGCAUUUAUUACCUAAACAAGGACUGGAACGCAAAGGUCCAUGGUGGGAUCUUGAGAAUCUUUCCUGAGGGUGGCUCCAAUGUGGCGGACAUUGAACCCCUCUUUGACCGGCUGCUUUUUUUCUGGUCUGACAGACGCAACCCCCAUGAGGUGCAGCCAUCAUAUGCAACCAGAUAUGCUUUAACUGUCUGGUACUUUGACGCCAAAGAGCGAGCAGCAGCCAAGCAGAAAUUCAAAAGGUUGAUUGAAUCCAAGGAAGAGCCUGCCACCAAAGACAGCUGAUGGGGGAUUGCUUCAUCCUAAAGACAUGAUAGAAGGUUGCGUCUCUAUCUUCCUCUGCUGGCCGGACUCUUGAACAGCACUUUAAUGGGUGGAGGAGUCAAAAUUGUGGAUACCUUGGUUCUGCUUCUACAAUCAAAUCUGGUUCCCCAAGGCUCUUUACCCAUACAAACUGAAGGAACUGACCGGGACACUUCUUCAGCGAAUGAAAUCUCUUAAUUUGUCAGGGAGAGGACGAGAGGCACAGACUUUGCAACUUCCAGUACAAAACCAAACCUGUCCAGUGUAAUUUGAGCUGUACUUACUGCAUGCCCAUUGAAGCACGGUGUAGAGCAUGUCUACUAACGCGAUUGGGCUCUUCAAACCGGUUAUCCCUUUGUCAGAAUGAAAAGUCUGUGAAGAUGACAUUCUUACCUCCUGUCCAGCUUAUCGAACUGUAUCUGUUUGAACUUCAAACCGUUAUCUGUGUCCUGGGGGCACCGAAUUCCUCUCUGGUACAGCAUACUUCCCUGCUUUUACUUCUGUCCUCAAAUAACCAAGAAUUCUGGGGUUGUACUCAUGAAACAGUUGUGUUGAGUUAAUAAAGUUGCGGUGUUAAGGCCAAACUAGCAGAGCUGGACAAAGUUGGUAAAUCUGCACUUUUUGGCCUUUCUUUCAGCUCCUUACUCAACUCCCCCCAAUUGAAAGUAAACUAUGUAUUGUAGGCCAUGCGCUGAUUUACAUACAAUAGAAAGCACAGGGAAUGGUACUGGUACUGUAACUAAAAGACUGCUCUGCUGGACAGAGUAUAUUUUUUUUGUCCAUUUGCGUAUUAUCCACAUGAAGCCGUUCUUUUAACUUGUUGACAUGAUAAAAUAUGACAUUUGGGUGUAGGAGAAUGUGCAAGUUUAUAUCUAAAUGAUUUAUCCUAUUUGCCACUCCUGCUCGUGUGGAUUUAUAUAUUUUUAGAAUCUGUAAAAACUCAAAUUAAAAUUGUGUAAAAAUG